AUGUAUUAUUUAACGCUUUUAUUAACUGUUUCACAAUUAUGUCUAAUACAUGCUGAAAGUAAACAUGAAAAACUCGAGAAACAAAGUGCCUUCGAUUUAGACAGUAUCCUGGGUAAUCUUUUUUCAACAAUGCCGGACGCGACGGAAAAUCCGCGAACAAAUUACCCCGGUGACUUAUCUAAUUACCCUACAAAUGGAGUUCAGGCAAACAAUCCCCAAGGAAAUAAUUGGAAUAAUGGAUACGACAACCCCAGAAUGAAUUAUCCGGCUAAUUCACGACAUUAUCCAGGAAUCGCAAUUCAGGGACAAGAGCCACAGACGACUGCUGGCCAUGGGAAUAUUUGGCAACCUGGAACAGCUGGAUUACCAACCAAUCAACUGCAAGGAAACUAUCCUCAACAAACGAACCCAGCAAUCUGGAAUAAUCCUCAAGCUCAAGGUUACCCACGAGGAGUUCUACAAGGCAACCCAACGCAAUAUCCGGACUCAAGAAGGAAUUGGAACGGAGCUGGUGCAAACAUGAAUUCUAAUUAUCCACCAGACACGCAGACUUAUCCUCACAUACAGAAUGGUAGGCCUUAUCCGGGUAUGGAAAAUGUACAAAAUCCAAAUUACUUCCCUCAAGGCGUUAAUAACGACGGGCUACAAAAACUUAACCCUAAUUACCCGAAUGCAAGAAAUAAUUGGAAUAAUGGUGCUGUAAAUCCGCGUGUUAAUUAUCUUGGGAACCCUCAGCCGUAUCCAGCGAAUGGAAUUCAGCAACCAGGAGUUCGUAACAAUUGGGGAAGCAACUACCAACAACCGAACCAGAUGCCAAAUGGAAUGCAACCGGGAUAUCAAAAUGUAAACAACUACCCACGCAAUGGACAAGCUUUUUCACAGCAACCUAACUUUGAUCCACGGUUGUCUCAAGAAAGACCUUACGCUGGUUUUCGCGAAGCCUCACAAUACCCUAAUCAAGGAGGCCAGACGGAUAUAUCUGUCAGUACGGAAAAAGCGGGUAUUUCGGAGCGUCCGGUAAUUACCCCUAGAACAGAGCCGCAAGCCGUCAAGUCUUCAAAGCUCAAAAUAGCAUUAAAUUCAAAUCAAAAUUUCAUUAAACGUAAUUUGUUGAACAGUAUUGAAGCGUCUUUGAUUAUGAAAAAGGUGAAGCGAGUUGCUGAGGGGCUGAGGUGGUGA